AUGUCGAAACGAGGAGCGGCUAUGGCCGACCAGGUCGUGAAGCUCAUCGUGGGCGCCGGCCAGGCAAGCCCGAGUCCACCCGUCGGUCCUGCGCUGGGCAGCAAGGGUGUCAAGUCGAUGGACUUUUGCAAGGAAUUCAAUGCAAGAACAGCACACAUCAACCCCGGCACGCCGAUGCCUUGUCGAGUUACCGUCCGAGGCGACCGAUCAUUCCACUUCGACAUCCGAACGCCUCACACAUCGUGGCUUCUCCUCAACGCUGCUGAGGUGCCUCUGGGCAAGAAGGGCAAGCGGAAGGGCGCAAGCAACCCCGGAAAAGAGACGGUUGGAACCGUCAGCUUGAAGCACGUCUACGAGAUUGCGAAAAUCAAGCAAUCGGAAAUGCGUUUGUCAGGCCUGAGCCUGGAAUCGCUCUGCCGGUCUGUAAUCUACCAGGCCAAGUCCAUUGGCAUCAACGUUGUGCAAUGA